AUGGAGAAGGAGUCUGAAGUUAUUAUAACAUCGGAGAUAAGAAGAUUACGUAUAUGCGAAGACUUUGUUCCUCUUGAUCUGGUAUUCGAGAUAUUGAGGAGAUUGCCCUCGAAAUCUCUAGCUAGGUUUCUCUUUGUAUCCAAGUCUUGGGCAACAAUCAUCCGCAGUCGAGAUUUCAUAAGAUCGUUCCCGUUUCAACGAUCGCUUCUUGAUCAUCAUCAGCCUCCUCUACUACUAUUCGCAGUCAAAGCUUUAGAUACCAAAAACUCACGCCAGGUUACAUGGAAAUUCUUCUCGAGACCAGUCUCAGCUUAUUCAACUACUACAACAUGGUCAAGUACCACGAACCGUUUUCACCGUUACUAUUACGCCGGAAACAUUCCUCGUUACGUUAAUGGCUUAGUAAGUCUUGCAUGUGGUCGAGAACAAGUCAUAUGUAACCCUAGCACAGGCAAGUCCAUAACAUUACCCAAAGUAAAUUCAGGGAAAAAUGUUAUCCGGACAUUUUUCGGGUACGAUCCAGUGGACGUAUUCACAUUGGGAGGAGUUGAUAAAUCAUGGAAGAUGAUUGAAUGCAACAUUCCUCAUGUUCCAGAAACUAACGGUGUGUGCAUCAAUGGGGUUGUGUAUUAUGGUGCCUCUUUGGGUACUGGCUUGAGAGAAGGCUUCUUAGUGAGAUUCGAUGUGAGGUCUGAAAAGUUUGAUCAAGUGGCACAAUUUUUGGGUGAUCGUAGUCCUCCACCUUUCAGAUUGUUUGCCAAAGAUCCAUAUUUGAUAAGUUACAAUGGGAAAGUAGCUUUAGCCGUUAAAACGUCUAGAGAAAUUAUGAGAUACGAAUUGUGGGUUGUGGAAGAUGCUGAGAAACAUGAGUGGUCAAAGGUAUGUAUUUCUAUUAGCCACCCUUAG